GUUCUGAAAGCCGCACGUGACAGACGUAAAGCGCGUCUUUGGGGUUGUGUGCUUCCCUUCGCAUUGGAGACAUGUUGACCCACAGGCUCUCUCUCCUUCGCUUGGCUUUCCGACGGAGCAUAGCUUCUGCGCCCCAGAGCUCCGGGGUCAGCAAGAAGAAGGUGGAGUGUUUCUACGAUGUCCUGUCCCCCUACUCCGGGAUUGGCUUUGAGAUUAUUUGCAGGUAUCGUUCCCUCUGGAAUCUAGAUCUGCACUUGCGGCCAGUUUUCUUUAUGGGGAUAUUGAAGGCAAUUGGGAGCCAGCCUCCAGCAAUGCUUCCCAAGAAAGGAGACUAUAUACUAAAGGAUGCCAUUCGAAUGGGAAAGUAUUGCCAAGUGCCAAUAAAUUUACCAAAGGAUUUCGUAAACUCUGUGGUAGUGAAAGGAAGUCUGCCUGCCAUGCGUUUUAUCACUGCUGUGGAUAUAGUAGAACCUCAGUUUCUGGAGCCUGUUUCUAGAGAACUCUGGAUGCGCCUUUGGUCCAGGGAUGAAGACAUAGUUCAGCCAGAAAGUAUAUUAGCAGUUGCAGAGAAAACAGGUUUGCCCUCAAGCAAAAGCCAGGAGCUUCUGAAAAUGAGCACUUCACCUGAGGUGAAGAAUCGCCUGAAAGAGACAACAGAUGAGGCUCUGAAACUUGGGGCAUUUGGAGUGCCAUCUUUUAUUAUUGAGACUGAUGGAAAACCCCAGCUUUUCUUUGGUUCAGAUCGUAUUGAAGUACUGGGAAAUGCUUUGGGGGAGAAGUGGCUGGGCCCUGUUCCCACAUCGUCUAAGCUCUAGUUCUCAGGAGCAGUGAGAAAGGCAACCUGCUAAAAUUAUAAACCUCCUGUCCUUCCUACUUCUACAAGAUGACUGGCAUUGGAACUGGCUUAAUAUAAAAGAUCAUAAUGAUUGUGUCAGAACCCAUAUAUUAUUAAAGAGGACUCUUCUAUUUCUAUUUCUUCCAUUACUCUGGGUCCUGCCAUACUCCUGAAGGGGAGGGGGGGAAGACGUUGCAGACUGUCUCUUUGUUUCUUUCUAUCGCUACAAUGUAUACCUUACCCUAUUCUGCAUAUUUGCUCUUUGAACUAUUUCUCCUUUGAUGUUACCUUGGGGUGAGAAACGAAUGUGCCUUCGGCCAUCUGGCUUAUCUCCUGUUUCGGAAGGGAAGGCGCGAAGACCCAACAACCUCGCUGGGAGUCUGGGAAAGACUGAUGUUAUCUGCUCCUUUCCCACAAUGGACUUAACACAUGAGGAUUGGCCAGUUCAAACUGACUGGAUGAACUAUUGGGGUGGGGU